GUCUAUGGUUCUCACCAAACCAACCCACGAACGAAGAUUAACCACCACAAUGGACUUCAAAUCUCCGGACACCUGGAAGCUUCCCAUCCUCCUUUCCUUCGCUCAAAGUUCCCUGUUUUCUUCUCCACCGUCGCAAUCUAUGGACCCCCGAUUCCACGGGAGCCAUGGGAGGCCCAAAGCCGCCGCUUUUAUUCAAACUUCAAAUCCCUGAAGUCCGAAAAUCUCGAAGCUCUUCGUCUCCGUAACCAUCCCCUUCCCCGUUUAUAAAAGGCGCGCUUUUCCCUGAACUAAAAACUGCGCUGAAUCGAAACAGAACCAGAAGAUUUCGAACCAUAUCUUUGAUCUCAGGAGCUCGCUUUCGGCCGUCAAGGUUAUGACGACGUGCAACGGGGACUUGAGGUCUGGUGAUAAGGAGGUGGUGGUGCCUGUAGGGAAGCCUGAACCAAAGUCUGUCUUUGGGGAAGAUGGUUAUGUUCUUGAGGAUGUGCCUCACUUGACUGAUUAUAUCUCUGGUCUUCCUACAUAUCCAAAUCCUCUCCAGGAUAAUCCGGCAUAUUCAGUCGUCAAGCAGUAUUUUGUUAAUGAGGGUGAUACAGUUGCACAAAAGAUUGUUGUGCACAAGAACAGUCCUAGAGGAACUCAUUUUCGACGUGCGGGGCCUCGUCAACGGGUUUACUUCGAGUCGGAGAAGGUGCAUGCUUGUAUUGUAACGUGUGGGGGUCUCUGCCCGGGACUCAACACGGUGAUAAGAGAAAUAGUUUGUGGCUUGUAUCAUAUGUAUGGAGUUAGCAAAAUCCUUGGCAUUGAGGGAGGAUACAAGGGUUUCUACGCCCGCAAUACAAUUACUCUGACGCCCAAAAGUGUCAAUGACAUUCACAAGCGGGGCGGCACCAUCCUAGGCACAUCUCGAGGCGGUCAUAGCACUUCGAAAAUAGUUGAUAACAUUGAAGACCGUGGGAUCAAUCAGGUGUAUAUUAUUGGUGGAGAUGGUACUCAGAAAGGAGCCUCUGUUAUAUUUGAGGAAAUCAGAAGGCGAGGUCUCAAAGUUUCUGUUGUUGGCGUUCCGAAGACGAUUGAUAAUGACAUUGCGGUGAUUGAUAAAUCAUUUGGUUUUGAUACUGCUGUUGAAGAAGCUCAACGAGCUAUCAAUGCAGCACAUGUGGAAGCCCAGAGCAUUGAGAAUGGUAUAGGUGUUGUGAAGCUGAUGGGUCGCUACAGCGGUUUCAUCGCCAUGCAUGCAACUCUUGCGAGCAGAGAUGUGGACUGCUGCUUGAUUCCUGAAUCGCCAUUUUAUCUGGAAGGAAAAGGAGGGCUUUUGGACUUCGUUGAGAAGAGGCUGACGGAGAAUGGGCAUAUGGUUGUUGUUGUGGCAGAGGGAGCAGGGCAAGGACUUAUUGCAGAGAGCAUGCGGUCUGCGGAACACCAAGAUGCUUCAGGAAAUAAAUUACUCCUUGAUGUUGGUUUGUGGUUGUCUCAGAAAAUCAAGGAUCACUUCUCAAGCACAAACAAGAAGAUGACAAUAAAUCUUAAAUAUAUAGAUCCAACCUACAUGAUUCGUGCGGUUCCCAGUAACGCAUCUGAUAACGUGUACUGCACUUUGCUGGCUCAUAGCGCCAUCCAUGGCGCCAUGGCAGGUUAUACAGGUUUUACGGUCGGACCUGUUAAUGGGAGGCAUGCCUAUAUACCCUUCUAUAGAGUUACUGAAAGACAGAAUAAGGUUGUAAUCACAGACAGAAUGUGGGCAAGACUGCUCUCUUCAACCAACCAACCAAGCUUUCUUGGUGAGAAUGAUGUCGCCGAUGCCGAUGCCGAUGCCGAUGCUGCUGCAAUGAAGAAGUUGCAGACUUCAUUUGAAUCUCAAAGUUUGGAAGGGGAAGAUUGCGGUUGCCGUUAUGCGGAGAGUGGGAGUAAUGAUGAAGCUGUAAUAGCCAUUCAUAGAGGUGGUGAGAACUGAAGCUUAGAGUAAUUUCUUAGGUUUUUUAUAUACCCGGCGGAGCCUUCUUCUUUAAUAUUGGAAAACUAUUAGGUGGCAUAUGUAAAUGUAUUCAUUCUUCAGUAUUUCAUUCACUUAUUCUUAAUAAUUGUGACACUGCUUACUCAAGAU